CGAAUGACCUUAGGCCCUACUCUCAAAGACACGUUUAGGACGGACACCGCAUGUGCAUAGAAUAACACGCGAAACUGCAAAGAAAACUUUCAAAGAUGUUUUUUGCAACUGCAUAGCUGAACCACACUGUUCAACAUCGAAGAAAGUGAUCUUGAAAAGUGCUUUAUUUUAUUUUGUUGUGUGCUGAGUGGAUUGCGUUAUAAUCAUCGUCCUUCAAAGGUUAAGUCUCCGCACGUGUGUUAUAAAAGUCUCUGCUGUAGACUCUACUUUAGCACCCCUUCUCACUAGGAAAGUUGUUGAGGGCAAUGGCAGGGAUAACCGUGACCGAGGACAACAGAAAAGAUGAGGUACAGAAAAAGGAUCCCCAGUCGAAAGACAGUGGUACUGAUUCCACGAAAGAAUGCCUAACAAACGGACAUGCCGAAGAGAAAAUCAUCCUUGAUGGCAAAGCUGAGCAAAACUGCUGUGUAGGAGAGAAAGGUCAGUGUACUAUGGAAAAGAAAGAAGACAAAGAGGGCGAGACAAAGGAGAAUGAAGAGGAAAAAGACAAAGAGGUCCUGCUGAUCCAGGACACUGGCUUCAACGUCGUCAUCGUGGCCCCGGGCAUUGAGCCCUUCGAUCUGCCGGUAAGCUCGAUGGAGCUGGUCCAGGAGAUCCACCAGGUGCUGAUGGACCGGGAGGACACGUGCCACCGGACCUGCUUCUCCCUGCAGCUGGACGGGACCACCAUGGACAACUUCUCGGAGCUCAAGGCCAUAGAGGGGCUGAAGGAGGGCUCUGUGAUUAAAGUUAUUGAAGAGCCAUACACAGUGAGAGAGGCGAGGAUACACGUGCGUCAUGUACGAGACCUCAUGAAGUCUGUGGACCCGGCAGACGCUUACAACGGCGUCGACUGCGCCUCUCUCUCCUUCCUCAACACAAUCACCCUGGGCGACAUUUUAGACAAAAAGCGCAGCAAGCCCGACUCUGUGGACUGUACCCCACCUGAGGCCAUCAUCCCCAACUCCAAAGACAGACCUCUACUUCCCCUGCACCCCGGCAUCAAAGACUUGAAGGGCUCUCGGUGCUUGAAAGUGCUGACCUACAGCGGCUGGAACCCUCCCCCGGGCAACAGGAGAAUGCACGGUGACCUACUGUACCUGUACGUGGUGACCUUGGAGGACAAGAGGUACCACGUCACCAGCUGUGCCCGGGGGUUUUACCUCAACCAAUCGACGGAAGAUGAAUUCAACCCCAAGCCUUCACAGCCAAAGUAUUUGUCUCACUCUCUCAUCGACUUGCUCAACCAGAUCAGCCCGGCCUUCAAGCGUACGUUUUCCCUCCUGCUGAAGAAGCGCGGCCAGAAGCACCCAUUUGAGCGAGUCCCCACCCCGUACCAGGUGUACGCGUGGAUGGCCCCGCAGCCGGACCACCAGGUGGACUACAUCAGGGCGGAGGACGCCUUCUCCACCCGCCUGGGUUAUGAGGAGCACAUCCCGGGCCAGACCAGAGACUGGAACGAAGAGAUUCAGACGACGCGAGAACUGCCAAAGACCAACCUGCCUGAACGCCUCAUCAGGGAGCGUGCCAUAUUCAAGGUGCACAGUGACUUUGUCGCUGCGGCUACCAGGGGAGCCAUGGCGGUCAUCGACGGCAAUGUCAUGGCCAUCAACCCAGGGGAGGACGCUAAAAUGCAGAUGUUCAUCUGGAACAACAUUUUCUUUAGCCUGGGCUUUGACGUGAAGGACCACUACAAAGACUUUGGGGGAGAUGCCGCAGCUUUUGCCGCUCCUAGCAAUGACCUCCAAGGUGUGAAGGCGUACUUCAACAUGGACCCUGACGGCCUCUACACUCUGGGCACGGUGGUGGUCGACUAUCGCGGAUACCGGGUCACGGCACAGUCCAUUAUUCCUGGCAUUCUGGAGAGAGAGCAGGAGCAGUCGGUGGUCUACGGGUCCGUGGACUUUGGGAAGACUGUGGUGUCCAGUGAAAAGUACAGAGAGCUGCUCCAGAAGACAGCUGCAGCCUUGAAGAUCCGUCCACACAAGGUGCUCAACAGUAAAGAGGAGACCAUUGAGCUGUACUCCUCUAUAGAAUGCAAGGGAAUUGUUGGAAAUGAUCAGAGGCAUUAUAUUCUUGAUCUCUUGAGGACUUUCCCUCCCGAUGCAAAUUAUCUUCCAGUGGAAGGAGAGGAGCUGGCAGAGUUCAUGAAGAACCACGGCUACCCCAAGAAUCACCGCCACAAGCUGCCCUGUCUGAGGCAGGAGCUCAUCGAGGCAUUCAUUGAGAGCCGAUACCUCGCUUUUGUGAAGCACGCGGCUCUCCAUUUCCAGACUCUGCAGAAACAGCCCAAGAAAACAGAGAUAAACGACUGCCUUGACCACACGUCUUCCCCCGUGGACGGAAUCACGCUGUCCGAGUCCAUGCACGCCAGAGGAAUCAACAUGAGGUACCUGGGCAAAGUGGCAGAGAUGCUGGCCAAGUACCCCACCCUGUCAUAUGUAUAUACGAUCGCGGUGAGCGAGUUGAUCUGCCGGUCGGCCAAGCAUCUGUUCAACCAUUACAUGCAGGGAGUGGACAUGAUGAACACGGCCGCCGCCAUCAGCCAUUUCUUCAACUGUUUCCUCGGCUCCUACCCCACCCCUCACCCACAGGUCACAGCGGACGAGAGCAAAGCUGCCAAGAGAAAGAGUAAAAGAAAGAACAAGCACAGUGUUGUGUUCAGUAUAGAAAACACAGAGUGGUCGUCGGAGACUCCCAAGAGCCUGUGGAAGAAAAUCAUCGACGAGGCGGACGAGUACUACAGCUAUGUGCUAGAGUGCGACGGAAUCGACGGAGCCAUGGAGCAGUACGGCUGCCAGCGCGUGGCGUUGCUGCGGUCCAUCUGCCUCAAGUGCGGCGUGCAGAUGCAGCUGAAGGAGUACAGUCUGGAGAACAAGGGUCGGCCGUGCUUCUCCGAGGACGACAUCGUCAAUGUCUACCCCAUCGUCAAACACAUCAGUCCCAGGGCAACAGAUGCAUUCCACUUCUUCUCGAGUGGCCAGAACAAGAUCCAGCAGGGCUUGCUGCGUGAGGGCUACGAGCUGAUCAGCGAGGCGCUCAACCUGCUCAACAACGUGUACGGCGCCAUGCACCCUGAGAUCGCCGCCUGUCUACGUCUGCUGGCCCGGCUCAACUACAUCAUGGGCGAGUUUGCCGAGGCGAUGUCCUACCAGCAGAGGGCUGUCCUGAUGAGUGAGCGAGUUUUGGGCGUGGAUCAUCCCAACACCAUCACCGAAUAUGCUCACCUGGCCCUGUACUGCUUCGCCAACAACCAAGUGACGAGUGCCCUGCGCCUCAUGUACCGUGCCCGUUACCUGGCCAUCGUGUGCCACGGGGAGAACCACCCGGAGGUGGCCCUCAUUGACAGCAACAUCGGGCUGAUUCUACAAGCCGUGGAGGAGUACGACUUCUCUCUGCGCUACUUGGAGCACGCUCUACAGCUCAACAUCAGCCCCGACGACCUGGAAAAGUUCAAACAAGAGAUGAGCAAACGCCAGUCCGUGGAACAAGGCCAGGAAGACAAACCAGCCAUCGACGGCUCGCCCGAGGCGGACAAAGACAAAGGAGACGGGGACAAAGCUCCGGCAGAAUCUGUGGCGACGACCGCGGUGAAAGAAACGACGAAGGUGGAACAGACGACGAAGGCGACGGUGGAGGUUCCCAGCAAACCCGUGGAGAACGUCAACCAGAACAAGAAGGACGACUCGGCUGUCCUAGUGGAGGGCAUCGCUCUGGCUUAAGGUCGCGCCAUCGACGGUCGACUGGGUGGGGGCCAUGUGGAACUUGUUUGGGGUUUUUGUUUUUUUUUUCUUUCUACUGUAGAUGUGAGGGUGUGGUGGCGGAGCGGUUAGUGCGCUCGUCUCUGAAGCGGAAAGUCCGGGUUCAGGCCUCGAUUCGGACACGCGAUUGUUUUCGCCCCCUCCUGCCCACCCAGCAGUAAUGGGUACCUGACUUCAAGU